AGCUGGGCCAUGUUUCAUUGAAAUGUUAUCUAAAACAUCUCAGUGAGCUUGUCUGCUUGCAGCUUUAUGAGCUCUUUUGUUUACAGGCACCCUGCUCCUCACCUCAACCCUACCAGAAAUAGAACAGAGCAUUUUUUUUUUAACCCAGAGCCCUAACAUUUCUGAUCAGUGCUUACCUUUUUGGUAUCUUCAUUGUUUUUCUCCCUCCCAAUCCUACAGGUCUUAGAGCUCCAUGAUGUUCUGUAAGUGGUUUUACUUGUGAGGAAUGAGAAGCCAUCCAUGGAAAUUUGAACUGAGUGGAGGCAGAGAGGGGGUACCAAUUGCUCUGCUUGGGAAAGCACUGUCAGUUAGGAGUUCAAUGCCUUCACCCCAGGAAGCAUAUGAGAGAGCAGCUAGAGGAACGUGGAUAUGCACUUCUGUGGAACCGUCCUUGUGCAGCUUUGAAAGCGUACACCCACUCUCCCGGGUCUUCGGUUUCCUGUCAUCUGCAUUUCUUUCUGAUAAAGUGGGUCUGCAUAGAUUCUGCCCACCGGCCGCCCUGACGCUGACCACUCCUGCAGCAGAAGGGAAGCCUUCUCAUUGCUCCACUUCACACGGGACCCUUUCCCAGUGGCUCCGGCUUUCUUACCUAGCUGUCACUUUUUUUUUAAUACCUUUGGGGGUGAUUUUUUUAUUUCCUUCACCCCCUCCAAGUUUGACAUCUCCAUUUUCUGACCUCUGGGGUCUGUUGCUCAGCAGGGCUCUGAAGGAGAGCCUCUCUCAUUGGACAGGCUUCUCCCAUCAUUGUCCUGCUGUGACUCCAAAGAAAGGAGCUUCUUGUCGACAGUGCCCUGUGGAGCGAGGCUGUGUUUCCGACCCCACACGGUGCUCAGUGGGUGCCGGCCCUCACCAAGGCUUUGUGAUUGCUGCCCUGAAGGAGAAUGCUCUUUCCUUCCUCCUUGCCACUGCCUGCUGUUUCCUAAGCAUUGCUCCUGCACAGACACCGUGUCCCAGCCCCAGCAAGGCUCUCUGUUCCCAUCUGUUGGCGAUGUCUUGUGGAGCAUUUUUGCUAAGGAAAAGGUCAUUGGCAAACAGGAGAGAAUGGGAAAAGUAGUUUCUCAUUUGGCAUUGAAAAAAAAAACAAACCCCAAAGUUUAUCAUGAGUGAGAACUGAGGGAAUCCCUGUCUGCUUUAGGUAUACUGAUGCAAGGAGAGGGACAGGUGGAAUGUUCAAAAGCGUCUCUUGAGCUGACAAGCAAGGGUACAGAGGAAUUCGUCUUCUCUCUGCAGCCACUACUGCAAAUCAACGGCAAAAGGACAGGCUUCCCUUCCUUUUCCCCUCUUAGGAAGUGAUUUUUUUUUUCUUUUAACACCAAAGGGGAAGAGAGGUUUCUGAGUCUCACCUCAGGGUUUUGUUGUGUUUUGUUUUGAUGCUCUAGAGCACAAGGCUGACAGUUGCAGCUGAGAUCUUUGGAACCAAAGUGGGGCAUGCUGAGCCCAUUGUCUAGGCACCACGCCACUGAAGCAGGUGGAAGUGUGUCCCCCUCACAAUCUGCUCAUGAGCCAGGGUACAAGCCAGAAACCCCCUGUCGUGUUGUUGCACCAUCCUGUCUUCUCAGCAUCUCCUUACCUGAUUUCUUUAUUAGCCCAAAGGAAAUAAAAUAACAACAAAAACAACCUUUUUUAAAAAAUGUUAUGUGAGCACACGUCGAAUUUCCAUGCACUGAAGCCCACACACCACUGCUUGGCAACUUCUUAGAAUAAGAGCCCAGCAUUAUCUGUCACCAUAAGCCUAGCCUGCUUUGUUCUGUAUUUUCCUGUUUUCCUGCCCUCACCUGCUGUUCCUGUCACUUCCCUCAGCCUCCUUGCCUGCUCAGUCCAAGCUAGAACACCCUGUGUGUGGCAGAAGGACAGCCAAGCCAGUUCUGGAAGUUUGUAUCUACCUUCUGCCAGACACUUGGUCUCCUUUUUCUUUCCUCCUGAUAUUUCUGUUUCUCUUUUGUGUCAGUUUUGUGCCCCUUUGUUAGCAGCACUGUUGAGCAGGAAAGACUGUAACUUGGUCCGAAGACUAUCAUUCUCCAGACUCUGGCUAGGACAUCUGACAUUGACUUGAAACAUUUGCGUAUUCAGGAAUGCCCCAGAUCUUGCAAGAGCCUACACUCUGAAACCAUUUUCACAAAAUAUGCAGCCUGCUUUUGAAAUACUGCCUCUCCCAGGAACUACACGCCUGACUCCGGUGGCUGGGAUUCCGCUGCCACGAAACUGUCAGAUUCUGUAAAGCAGGUCUGUGUUGCUCAACUAGGAGGUGGUAAGUGAGGUUACAGGCUAACGUGGUACCUAAUUCAUGUUUCUCAGUAAACUUGUAGAUACUCCUGCACACUUACAGGUUCUUCUCAAGAAAUAACUUGUUGCCUAUUCA